GCGGGCGGGGGCGGGGCCCGCUCCGCGGCUUCUCCCGCCGCCGCCGCCAAGGGGAGUUUCCAGGAAGUGGCCAUAUUGGAUCCAUUCAGCCGCAGCCACCCGGGCGGAGCGCGUCCCGCAGCCGGCGCGGCCCCGGCGCUCCCCGCAGCCCGCCCGUCCGCCCGCCCGCCCGGUGCGCUGCUCGCCAUGGCGGCCACCGAUCUGGAACGCAUCUCGAAUGCAGAGCCUGAGCCCCGGAGCCUGUCCCUGGGCGGUCAUGUGGGGUUUGACAGCCUCCCUGACCAGUUGGUCAGCAAGUCAGUCAGCCAGGGCUUCAGCUUCAACAUUCUCUGUGUGGGGGAGACUGGGAUCGGCAAGUCCACGCUAAUGAAUACACUCUUCAACACAACUUUUGAGACCGAGGAAGCCAGUCACCAUGAGGAAUGUGUACGCCUGCGGCCUCAGACCUACGAUCUCCAAGAGAGCAACGUUCAUCUCAAACUGACCAUCGUGGAUGCUGUGGGCUUUGGGGACCAGAUCAAUAAGGAUGACAGUUACAGGCCCAUAGUUGACUACAUCGACGCACAGUUUGAAAACUAUCUCCAGGAGGAGCUGAAGAUCCGCCGUUCCCUCUUUGACUACCAUGACACGAGGAUCCAUGUUUGCCUCUACUUUAUCACGCCCACUGGGCACUCUUUGAAAUCCCUGGAUCUGGUGACCAUGAAGAAACUAGAUAGCAAGGUGAACAUAAUUCCCAUCAUUGCCAAGGCCGACACCAUCUCCAAGAGCGAGCUCCACAAGUUCAAAAUCAAGAUCAUGGGUGAGCUGGUCAGCAAUGGAGUCCAGAUCUACCAGUUCCCCACAGACGAUGAGGCUGUUGCAGAGAUCAACGCGGUCAUGAAUGCACACCUGCCUUUUGCUGUGGUGGGCAGCACAGAGGAGGUGAAGGUGGGCAACAAGCUGGUUCGAGCUCGACAGUACCCUUGGGGAGUGGUGCAGGUGGAGAACGAGAACCACUGCGACUUCGUGAAGCUGCGGGAGAUGUUGAUUCGGGUGAACAUGGAGGACCUGCGGGAGCAGACCCACAGUCGGCACUACGAGCUCUACCGACGCUGCAAGUUGGAGGAGAUGGGCUUCCAGGACAGCGAUGGUGACAGCCAGCCCUUCAGCCUCCAAGAGACAUAUGAGGCCAAGAGGAAGGAGUUCCUGAGUGAGCUUCAGAGGAAGGAGGAAGAGAUGAGGCAGAUGUUCGUCAACAAAGUGAAGGAGACAGAGCUUGAGUUGAAGGAGAAAGAACGGGAGCUCCAUGAGAAGUUUGAGCACCUGAAGCGAAUCCACCAGGAGGAGAAGCGCAAGGUGGAGGAGAAGCGCAGGGAGCUGGAGGAGGAGACCAAGGCCUUCAACUGCAGGAAGGCAGCCAUGGAGGCCCUGCAGUCUCAGGCCUUGCAUGCUACUUCACAGCAGCCCUUGAGGAAAGACAAGGACAAGAAGAAAUUUUGACCCUCAGCCCGGGACGCCACAAACUGAAGCGAGUUCCCUGCUUUGCUCGUCACAAAUGCCAAACUGACUGCCCUUUCCCAGUGUCCACCUUGCUGUCUUUUGCUUCUGUUUGAUUUGGUCUGCGUAUCUUUUAAUGUGUCUGUUUUUGUUUUGUUUGUUUUGUUUUAUUUUUCAGUUAAAGCACGCACAGACUUACAUGUCAAGAGCGGACUUUAGACUAUCAUGUGUUAAGUUGCUUGAGUUACACCUUGUGGCCCUUCUCUCAUAACAUGGUGUGAGGAUGGACUGGGAGCCGGUACAGACUCCAGUGUUUACAGCCUUGCCUUGGCCCCCCCGGCUGGCCCCCGGCUGCCUGGGCCUGGCCAGCCACCCCUCUCUAUGCAAACGUGUCCGAGCCAUGAAUGCUGGAAUCCCAAACUGACAAGGUUUAUUUUUUCCAGAGCCGGUGGCUGGUCUUCCAUUUACAGUGUCACUAUUCCCUGACGGAGCAGCUGUGUGCCACUCUAGUGAUGGCUCCCAGUGGUGACUCACGUGGUGCCCUAGGCGUGGCCUGUGGUCCGGUAUAUACACACUCGCUGCAGAAUUCGCCUGUUUCCCCUUCAUUUUAAUUUUUCUAACCUAGAGCUUAAUUUUAAUAAUUUUGAAACACUUCUAAAUUUUUAUUUUGGCACCAGUAUAAAGACAAAUAAUAUCUACCUUUCCCAUUAUUUUUAUAAGUAACACAGAUUCCCUGACUUUUUUUUUUUAAACUAAAAAGAUCUCUAAACCUUCUUACAUAGAAAGCAGCCCUAUAACAUAGGGAGAGGUGGGAAAUAAAGUUCCUAUUCUGGCAGUGUUUGGAACUUCUUUCUGGACUGCAGUGGACCCCGAACAAGACCACGCCCAGCGUUUUUACUGUGAAUGUAAAUGGAACAGCAGCCCAAACCCUUGUCUCUGCCCUCGAGGUGCUACCUGUGCAGGGACCAAGUGCAUGUGUGUUAAGUGUCUGACUCCAAAUAAGCCACCUGCUCCCGACCAGCGUGCUCAGCUCAGCAUCGGGGAGAGGGCUGUCAUGUCAAGGUCAUUGUUACUUCUUUCCUGGCCGAGUCAUGGUGCAAGAAAAUAACAGUGUCUGAAGUAUUAGGACAAUUUGGCGGGGGAGAAAAACAAAAGCCUGGGGGCUAAGAACGUCCCCUCCAGCUCUGGCUUCCAGGUGAACACUUUUAAGAAAGUGGCUGCCAGGUGGGAUGGUGCAGGCCUGUGAUGCCAGUGCUUGGGAGGUGGUGGGAAGCUAGAGACAGGGCUCAGUUACAGUGAGGUAGAGGCCAGCUUGGGCUACAUGAGACCCUGUCUCAAAAAUAAAAGCAAGGAAAGUACUGAGAAAACCCAUUCUGCUCUGUUCCUGAUGGUUUGCCAGCCUCAGGGUUGUUGGUGCAGCACCAGCUGGACAUCAGGCUCCCCAGAAAGAUCGGCUGCAUUCCGAGGAGCUGAUCACCCAGGGGCUUCUCACUGAGAGCCUGAGGGGUCCACACCGAUUCAUGCUGCGUUCAGAUUUUUAUGCCCCCAUCUCCCUCCACCAUUUCCCCCUUCCUGCCAGGCCUGCCUCUAUUCGUCCAGGACCAGUCUGGCUUCUUCCUGUCCUGAGAUGAUGGCUCGUUCAGAGUGAGCUGGAGGGGAAGGUUGUUGUGGGUGCACUGUGACAAUACCUCCCCAAAGGCCGCUGUGCUGUGAGAGGCUCCACACAGCAGGAGAAAUGCAUUUAGUGAUGCUCUAAGGAAAAGAUCCUCCGUGAUCAGGGUGCAUUCUUGGCCAAAAGUCUGGACUCUCAAACUCUUUAGAGAGGCCGUUUUAAGCAAAAGAAGCUAACAUUCAGCUCAGGCCUUGGAAGCCUUGUGAGCGUCACAGCUAGUCCACCUCUGGUCAUGGCAGAGCUGAUGCUGAACUUUGUGUCUGAGGCAGAGGUGAACUGUAGGCUAGUGGCUCCUCUUAGGGAAAUUGUAUAUCUGAAGGUGUAUUCACUUAGGUUCAGCCUGACCUUCAGAGCAGCCUCUCCUAGCCAGUCUAUUUCGAGACUAGGAUGACCCAGCGGGUCCACUGCUGGCUCAGAGUCCAUGCUGGGGACUCUGGAGCCAACAAAUCCUACCACCGGCACCUGCAGCGCAGCAGCCACAACUCAGGCAUACUGGAAGGCUGUUAUGGUCAGUGCCUACCUUUUGGCCCAAAGCUUGCUGGCAUCCCUGGGGAGACUUGACUUGCAUUUUCUAGGGUCUGAGUUGCUCCCCAUGGAUCCCGUCAGUCAUGGCAAGUGUUUCCCCUGCUACAUGGGAUUUUGUUAUCUUUAGCUGAGGUUAAAUUAAUCCUUGGUGUGCAAGAAAAACGUGAAGCUUGCCCCUCAAGGCUGUGACCCGCGUGUACAGCUGGGACUCCCUCCUCUUUCUUCCCUGUCGUUUGUUGGCUUCAUGGGACUGUCAUAGGAUCACGUUGACAUUUGCUGUUACGUUUCCCUUGAGCCAUUUCGUGUUGUGGUAGAGUCACCGUUUAAGAUACGGUUCAGACCUGGACUUCUGAGAGAGAAAAGAUCCUGUUAAUAAUCAUGCCAAAUCCUAGGCACUCAGGAGGCAGAGCUAGGAGAAUCACAAGUUCAAGGCCAACUUGGGCCACUGAGCAAGACCCCAUGUUAAAUUAAAAAAAAAAAAAAAAACUGGACAGCUUGCCUAGCAUGGUUGGGGACUGAUUUCUCUCCCAAGUCAACAGCCACCGAGCAGCUGUAUCCCAGGCCAACCAGGGUGUGUGUUCUCCCUCAUGCUGGGAGUCCUGAACCUUGUGGUUGUACAAACUGGCCCUGUAUAUGUUCCUGUGUGUUUGUGUGUGUGUGGACUCCCCUUGUCUGGGGCUCCUACUGGGUAAGCAGCCCAGGAAAGCCAGCUUGCCUGUCUAUGACGUUACCAUGCAUCUCUAAAACCACUUCAGUUGUUAAUCCAUUUACUCCUCCACCCAUUGACUUGUUUCUGUUCCUUCCCAUCCACUUUGUACUCAUUUGUUUUCAUUAAAUUUUGCAUUUAUUUUGA